AUGUUGAGUUUUUGUCUACCUAAGUAUAAUCUUAAGGACUGUUCUGCUAGUUCUUUGAUUUAUGACUCUGUUGCUGAGGCAUUAUAUUUGGAGUACCCUACGAAAGAAAUCCGUAGAUCUGUUGAGAUUGUGGGUUCUGUCAAUGGGUUAAUAUGUCUUGUCAUUGCAAAAAAAUAUUUUCUUAUCUGGAAUCCAUCAAUUAGGAAGUUCAAGAAAUUGCCUGAAUGUAGAGAUGAGUUGUGCUUUGGUCACCGUUCCAUGUAUGGUUUUGUAUAUGAUGAGGUUCAUGGGGAUUAUAAGGUAGUGGCAGGGUUUAAUAAUGAGGGUUAUGGCUAUUCAUUUCUUGUUAAGGUUAAAAUGUAUAGUCUGAAUAGUGAUUCUUGGACAAGUUUAGAGGAUUUUGAGAGUGGGGUGCUAGGAACUAAGUCGGGUGUGUUUGUGAACGGGAAACUUCAUUGGGCUAAUAGUGUUUAUCGUCGGUCUGGUUGGGAUAUCAUUUCUGUUGAUUUGGCUGAUAGGGAGCUACCUUACUAUGGAGAAGGAGAUUUUGGUUGGACGCUGGGAGUUUUGGGAACUGAUCUUUCAGUGUUUUCUAAUUAUCGAAGAAUUCAGGCUGACGUGUGGGUUUUGAAGGAGUAUGGGGUUAAAGAAUCUUGGAUAAAGAUGUUUACCAUUGAUAUUCCUUGUGAUCCUAGGAUGGGUUAUAAGUUUUGUCAAUUCUUUUGCGUGUCAAAUAAAGGUGAAGUUUUGUUUCAUUUUGGCUUUACUUUCAUGAUUUAUAAUGCAAAGGAUCACUCAAUCACCCAUCGAAGCCCUCAUCUAGAGGUUACUGGCUAUGAUUAUGAGGCAAGCAUCUACAUAGAAAGCCUAGUUUGGCCUUUUGUUCAACGGAAGGAAUCAAGGAUGCAACAACGGAGGAGAUUGAAAUAG